AUGGGAGGCAGGCCGCUUGUUGUCUCUCUUCUCGGCCCCCGCCGUUGCUUCCGAAAGGGUGCCCGCGGUGCGCUGACGAGUGGAAAUUCACAUUUCUCUUCAGGCGGCAAAGAAAGUUACCUCCAGCAACCACCAGCAACUCCGCCCUGGAAUCCGCGAGGUCUCAUGUUCGCGCCAACAGCAAGACAAAGGCCCGUCGUCGAAUACUCUAGCGUUUUUGUUUCAUUUUUUUCGAGUGAGACACGCUUGUUUCCGCCACUGAGAGAGGAAGGACGAGAUGGGAAAUUUUCUUACGGUGCGGUGAAGGAAGAGAAGCGAUUGUUGACAGAAAUGGGAAGCAAAGAGGAAAGCGACAAAGGGGGGUGUUUUUCACACUUCAACCCCGUUUCCGGGAAACCGAGAAUGGUAAAUGUAUCCUGGAAACCGCCCACUGUACGUACAGCCGAAGCUGAGGCGCAGGUCUUCCUAUCACCUGAGGUGUACAUACACCUGACUAAAAGCACAGGAAAAUCGGAGAGUCAAUGUUCUGAGCAGGGGAAACGAGAGCUUUUGGAGACCGGGGACCACGAGAGUGUGUGUUGUGAAGAAACACAUGACUCAAAACUUCGGUUGAAAUACAGAAGAACGGACGCAGAGAAAAAGCACAGAAACGGCACCGCUCCGCAGGUGUCUCUGCGACCCAUUUCAGAAAAGAAAGGCGACGUUUUCGCCGUUGCUGAAUUGGCGGGAAUUAUGGCGGCAAAGACAACGAGCUCGCUGAUUCCUCUUUGUCACAAUGUUCCGCUUUCCUCAGUUGAUGUCUCGUGUGUUUGUUCUCCAUGUGCGAGUCUGCCGUCGCUCCGCUCGUCGACAAAACCCAACGGCGUAGACGAAGCAGGCAGCCCCACAAGAGAAGGAGAAAGCCAGCAAAACGAAAGAGCAGGCUGUGUCGUAACGAUUCGUAGCCGAGUGGAGUGCGUUGCCAAUACAGGAGUCGAAAUGGAGGCUCUUGUGGCGGUGUCAGUGGCUGCCUUGACCAUCUACGACAUGUGUAAGGCUGUGGAUAGAAACAUCUACAUCGAACGCGUCAGGUUACUUUCGAAAACUGGCGGAACAAAACGAGGGAACUGA